AUGAAUUUGCAGCCGGGUUCAGCGAAGCCAACCUCAGUGCCAAGCACGUGGUGGACGUCGCAGACUUCCUCCAAGUGGCACAAGACCUCGGCGCCAAAUUUUGGAGGCGCCAGCAACUUCUUGACGGACAUCUUCGAGCUCAUGGGCUCGGCCCCGGAAGUGCAAACGAAGGUUGAAGCCCAGUUGAACGUGGUCGGAUGUGUGCUUGCAUCCCAACAGGCUGUCAGGUCUAUUUUGAAUUGCUCACAGGUGUUGUCUGCCGCCCAUGAUCACUUCACCAGCUCAUUGGCUGAGAGCAUACAGUCGGUAGCCAGCAAGCCAAACGAAAACAAGUGCUUCAAUCGUUGGUUGAGUUGGGAUGAUGCAUCAGGAAACAUACCUAGCAGUUGCUCCAGAGGUAUGCUGCUGCAGAUGCGCUUGGGCCCGAAAACAGUUGCGCGAUGGGCAUACCUUUCUGAGAAAUUCGGAUUGCCCGCAAGGGACCUGGGAGAGUUGGGCGACUUUGUCAAGGAUUACAUGCUAAUCAAAAACACCCCAGCAGGAGACUCCAAACAGGCAAGGGUUUUUCUUUCACGCAGCUUUAUGGAAGCAGAUCCACCGCAGAUUGCGAUCCACCAUCCCAUGGUCUCCAAUCCCAGCCUGAUGGAUGCGGUGAGUGCAAUGGCCAACGAGAUUGUUCAGCUGUUGAGCACAGGAAGUGGAUGA